AUGUCAGCCAUAUACAAAGCAUUACAGUCCAAGUCGUCCAAAGAGACGUCCGAGAAGACCAAGCACAUCAACAGACAAAGAUUACUUGUGAUAUCUUCUCGUGGGGUCACUUACAGACAACGUCAUUUGAUUCAAGAUUUGACCGGCUUAUUACCUCAUUCCAGAAAGGAACCCAAGUUUGACAGUAAGAAGCAGCUUUACCAGUUGAAUGAAGUUGCUGAGCUCUACAACUGCAAUAAUAUUUUCUUUUUUGAAAGUCGGAAACAUCAAGAUUUGUAUUUAUGGUUAAGCAAACCACCCAAUGGACCUACUAUUAAGUUUCAUGUUCAAAACAUGCAUACUUUAGAUGAAUUGAAUUUCACUGGUAAUUGUUUGAAAGGAUCUCGUCCUAUUUUAUCGUUUGAUAAGCUGUUUGAACUGGAAGAUCAUUACAGAUUGAUGAAGGAAUUGUUCACACAUACAUUUGGAGUACCACCGAACGCCAGAAAGUCUAAGCCAUUUAUAGAUCACGUGAUGACGUUUUCUAUAGUUGACGGUAAGAUUUGGGUUAGAAACUAUCAAAUCAACGAAACAGAAAAGGAUAAAGAAGGUGAACAAAAUGAGCAGGAUUUAAGUUUAAUUGAAAUCGGACCUCGGUUCGUCAUGACUCCUAUUACUAUAUUAGAAGGUUCAUUUGGGGGACCAAAGAUUUAUGAGAAUAAGCAAUAUGUUUCACCUAACGUUGUUAGAGCACAAUUGAAACAACUGCAAGCGGAACAGGCCAAGAAGAGAGCACAACAGGCCAGUGACCGGAAACUCAGAAUGAGAUCCAAGGUAUUGAAAGCCGACCCCUUGUCCAAUGAAAGUAUAUUUAAGAGCUAG